AUUUGCAUGCAAAACUCUACUGUCUAGAGCGCCAAAAGCAUUCCUUUAUUUUUUUGUUGCUGUAAUACUCGACUGGAAAUAAUUUUGUGGAUUAAUCUCUAAUCGUUAUUGUCUAUCAAAUUUAUCAAAUUGUUCAUGUUAAUAAUGGAUGCAUUUGUUGAAGCAUUUUUUGCAAUUGAUCAAGAUCAUUCAGAGACAAUUACAAUAGAAGAAUUACAGGCAUAUAUGGUGAAAAAUGAUAUGGAUCCAGCGUUUAUUGCUAGAUGGCAAGAAUUAUUCGAUCCUCAACAGACAGGUGUGAUCACUCUGUCUAAAUUUUGUGAUGUAUUAGGAUUGGAAGUAGAAGCUUUACGAGUUAAAUAUGUUGAACAAGAAGAAGCAAAACAAGUCGCUGAUUUUGACUCCUCAUCAAUGGAAAAUAUUCAUAAUAGGCAACAGAAUGGUAAAUCUGAUCACUAUGAAAAUAAUUUGGAUAAUGGUUUAUCUGAGGAGUUAACCGAUUUGAAGAAUUAUCAAGAAAUAUCAGGUGAUAUGCCGAUUGGAUUAAAGAAGGUGAUUGUGAAUAUUGUCAGAAAAGGUGAAAAACUUUAUGAAGACGAUGAUAAAGAAUUAGUCAAAUGGAUUAAAUUACGCUUAGAUCAAAAAUUCAAACGUCUGUGGCAUUGUGUUAUAGUCCGUGGUCAAUAUGCCUCAUUCUACUCUUAUCAACCAGGACAUUCAUUCUGUUUUCGUAUAGGAUCACGUGUUUUCCUGUUGUUUAAAACACCAAGAAUUUAAAAAAUAAUAAAAAUUUUGUUUAUUUUUUA